UUGUCAUUUCUUUCUCAACAGUCAAUACAGACACCAUAUCCAAGACCUAGUCCCGAUGGUCCUACUAGUGCUGCCCCUAACAGUGAAGACCCUAUUCGACAAUGCCGGGCUUCCUAUCGCAGUUUAUCUCCUGCUUCUAGUGUUGGCCAGCAGCAUCAGCUACAACCUCCUCUGGAUAACGUGUCUGAGGAGAGUGUGGAUGUCGAACUUCCGCCGCCUAUGGUCGAGCUGCAAGCACUGCCGUCCGCAGCCCCUAUGGAACUAGCACAGGAACCACAAGAUCAGCAAAAUCAGACACUAUUGGGCGCUAAUUCCAAGUCAAUCUCAUCGCAACAUUUGGGCUCAGUACUUCCGGCUACCGAUACUACCAAUCCCCAGGUGGACACAUCACUAUCUGUCAGACAAAUAGAUGAUUCUGCCUUGGUGAAUAUUGUAGGAUCUACGAUGAGGCUAUCCUCGCCUGAG